UUGUCCACCAUUAAACCUCAUUUCCACCCACCGCCACUCCUCUUCCUUAUCAUACUGGAGUCUUGUUAAGUUAGCCUUUUGUUUCCGAGUUUGCUUCUAAUAUUUCCUUGUAUAUAUCUAUAGACGCCUUUUCUCUUCUUGUUUUUAAUUUUUAAUUUUUUAUAUACACACACACACAUAUCUCCCCUUUACCCGUAUGGUAUAUUCUUAUCUCACGUUUUUACUCAAGACCAAUCCCAGUCUCUCUCUCCAUUGGCCCUUCUUUCCUUAACGUCUCUGUCCUUUCACUCUUGCAUAUCUUCCUUUCUCUGCAGCCAGGAGAGAAGAGAUGGCAGAUUGCAACAGAAACGAAGACUUCUAUGGUUCUCAAGAGAUCCAGGUAGCAUCCAUGACCAAGAAAUAUGGAGGGCUUGCACCGAAGAAGAAGCCCUUGAUUUCAAAGGACCAUGAGCGUGCUUUCUUUGAUUCAGCAGACUGGGCAUUAUGCAAGUGUUUUUUUCCCUUCCUCCGACAGCAAGCAGCUGGAGUGAAUCAAACGUCAACAGUGGCAAUAGAAACUUUGCGACCAAAACUACAGAGAACACCUCACCAUACACUCCCGCCUAGGAGACCAGCUUGUACAUCUGGUAGCAACGUGAGUCUUGACAUGGAUCGCGUAAUAUGUUCUUAUCAGGCAGACUUGGAUUGAUUGAAUGCUCGGAGGAAGAGAUUUAAUGUGUUUACCAGUCAUAUCUAUAUCCAUGAUGAAGACUGUACACAUUGCAAUCGUCCUUUGAAUGUUGAUGAUCUCGAAUAUUUUUAAUAAAGGAGUUUAGUUAUGCGAGAGAAGUUAAAUAUUU